CAUGAUGAGCAGCUACCCGGACGGCGAGGAGGACACGGUGGCGCUGCUGGCUCAUGACACCAGCGGCAGCAAGGAGCCGGAGCGGGGCAAGGAGGACCUGAGCGCCGACAAGGGCCCCGAGAAGCCGGACCCCUCGCAGAAGCCCCCCUACUCCUACGUGGCCCUGAUCGCCAUGGCCAUCCGGGAGAGCGCGGAGAAGAGGCUCACGCUGUCCGGGAUCUACCAGUACAUCAUCAGCAAGUUCCCUUUCUACGAGAAGAACAAGAAGGGCUGGCAGAACAGCAUCCGCCACAACCUCAGCCUCAACGAGUGCUUCAUCAAGGUGCCCCGGGAGGGCGGCGGCGAGCGCAAGGGCAACUACUGGACCCUGGACCCGGCCUGCGAGGACAUGUUUGAGAAGGGCAACUACCGCAGGAGACGGAGGAUGAAGCGGCCCUUCCGGCCGCCCCCGACCCACUUCCAGCCCUGCAAGACCCUCUUCAGCCCCGACAGCUACGGCUACCUCUCCCCGCCCAAGUACUUGCAGUCCACCUUCAUGAACAACUCGUGGCCGCUGGCGCAGCCCCCCGCGCCCAUGCCCUACACCUCCUGCCAGAUGUCUGGCGGGAACGUCAGCCCCGUCAAUGUGAAAGGACUCUCGGGCCCGGCGUCCUACAGCCCCUACUCGCGGGUGCAGAGCAUGCACACGGAGCCGGGCGGCGGGCACCCAGGCUGGGCUGCGCCCCGCUGCGGGGACCUGCCUGGCCUCCCGGGAAGAGGGAGUCGAGGAGCACAGAGCGCGACCGCAUCGCGCGGGGGGGCGAGCAUUGCUCUCCCUCAAGUUGCACAGCGAGCAAACACUGUGAGAAAUCUCAUCAAGUGGGAUCUUAAAGUGAAGCACUGGCUCUCCCUGCUCUGCCUUUGGGAGGGAGGACACCCUGCCCUGAAGUCCUGGGGGUCCCGGGCUCGGUUUCCCUGGAGGGCGCAGGCGGGCGCGGGCACCCAGCCGGCUCCGCAGCCUGCCCGAGAGAGGAGCCCCCUCCUGACAGCGGCGGAGGCUCCUGACUUCCCAGCAGGUCCCUGUAAAUGCUACAGUUUUGCUGGCAGACGAAUUGGUCACCCGCCUUCGUUUAACUUCUCCCCCCCGCCCCCCAACGGGAUUUCCCCCCCCGCACCACAUGAAUAG